GCGAGCGCGCAGCUGCGGCGCGGGCGCGCGCGUCCUUCCUGCUCGCCGUAGCGGCGCCGCUUCCUCCCGCCGCCCGGACGCCCCCGGAGCGGCCGCCUCGCGCCCGGCCUCGGCGCACGGACCCGGGAGAACAUUUAAGUUGGAUUAAAAAGGGGGGCAAUAAUGCACCAUGGCAGCGGCCCUCAGAGUGUCCCUCAUCAGCUGCAGAGGGCCAGGACCUUCGCGGGCAGUGAGGAAGAGCAGCAGGCCCAUCCAAUGCCAGCCCAGUCCCCCGCCACACCUUUUGCACCAUCAGCGAGCCCCUCCGCACCCCAGUCCCCCACGUACCAAGUCCAGCAGCUGAUGAACAGAAGCCCCGUGGCUGGGCAGAAUGUGAAUAUCACCCUUCAGAACGUUGGCCCGGUUGUGGGCGGAAACCCCCAGAUUGCACUCGCUCCCCUGCCUCUUCCCAACCCCACUUCUCCAGGGUUUCAGUUCAGCGGGCAGCAGAAGCGCUUUGAGCAUGGAUCACCGUCAUAUAUCCAGGUCACUUCGCCACUGCCCCAGCAGGUGCAGACUCAGAGCCCCACCCAGCCUGCUCCCGGGCCCGGCCCGGGCCUUCAGAGUGUGCGGGCUGGGGCCCCAGGCCCGGGCCUGGGCCUGUGCAGCAGCAGCCCGACUGGGGGCUUUGUGGACGCCAGUGUGCUGGUGAGACAGAUCAGCCUGAGCCCAUCUGGCAGCGGGCACUUUGUGUUCCAGGAGGGCUCAGGCCGUGCCCAGGUGACUCAGGGAGCCCAGGUCCAGCUGCAGCACACAGGGACUUCCAUUGCGGUCAGGGAACGGAGACUCUCCCAACCCCACGCCCAGUCUGGAGGGACUGUCCAUCAUCUGGGACCCCAAAGCCCUGCUGCUGGUGGUGGGGCCACACUGCAGCCCCUGGCCAGCCCCAGCCACAUCACCACCGCCAGCCUGCCGCCUCAAAUCAGCAGCAUCAUCCAGGGGCAGCUGAUUCAGCAGCAGCAGGUGCUGCAGGGACCAUCGUUGACCAGACCGCUGAUGCCUGGGGUCGGGGGCGCUGCUGCAUUUGGGAUGACGUCCCCCCCACCCCCCACCAGCCCUUCCCGGACUACGGUGCCUCCAGGCCUUUGCAGUCUCCCUCUCACAUCUGCGGGGAGUGCAGGGGCAAGAAAGGCUCCUAAGAAACUAGAGGAGAUCCCCCCAGCCUCCCAGGAGCUGGCUCAGAUGAGGAAGCAGUGUCUGGACUAUCACCACAAGGAGAUGGAGCUACUCAGGGAGGCCUUCAAGGAGUACCUGAUCGAACUCUUCUUCCUGCAACACCUGCAAGGGAACAUGAUGGAUUUCUUAGCAUUCAAGAAGAAGCAUUAUGCCCCACUCCAAGCUUAUCUUAGGCAGAAUGAUUUGGACCUGGAGGAGGAAGAGGAGGAGGAAGAAGAGGAAGAAAAGGCUGAGGUCAUCAAUGAUGAGGUAAAGGUUGUGACAGGAAAGGAUGGGCAGACUGGUACUCCUGUUGCUAUAGCAACCCAGCUUCCACCAAAUGUUUCUGCUGCUUUUUCAUCCCAGCAGCAACCAUUUCAGCAGCAGACCCUGACAGGAACCCUGGUGUCAGGGGCUGGAAGUGCAGCAGCAGCGGAGACGGAUCCCUUUAAGCGGCAGCAGGCAGGACCCCCAGCAGAGCAGUCUAAGAGACCUCGGCUUGAAGUGGGUCACCAAGGGGUAGUUUUCCAGCACCCAGGGGUGAAUACAGGAGUCCCUCUUCAGCAGUUAAUGCCGACAGUCCAAGGAGGAAUGCCUCCUGCUCCUCAGGCCACUCAGCUGGCAGGACAGAAGCAAAGUCAGCAGCAGUAUGACCCCUCCACUGGGCCUCCGGUGCAGAAUGCAGCCAGCUUGCACACACCGCCACCGCAACUCCCUGGCAGGCUGCCCCCUACUGGUCUCCCUGCUACGCCUCUCUCAUCCACACUACAGUUCUCACAGCAGAUGGCAGAGCCACAGACCCAGCUCCAAGUCCCAGCAAAGACUCAACAACCAAAUACACUGGUCCCUGCACCACCUCCCAGCCAGCUCUCUACAGCGCCUCCACCUCCUGCCCAGCCAGCCCUGCAUGUGCCAUUGCCCGGGAAGGCACACAUGCAGAUCCCGCAGCUUGCCCCCCAGCCUCAGACGGUGGUGCCAACACGGCCAGCUGUGGACUCUGCCCAGCCCUGUCAGCGCCCCCUGCCGGCCUCCUCUGCUCCUUUGUCCAUUGCUCCUAGCAGCGUCUCCGGCCCAGGACCCUCACCUGCGAGGGCCUCUCCUGUGAAUAGACCUUCUGCAGCAACCAGCAAGUCAUUGUCUCCAGUUACCUCCCGGUCUCCAGGGGCAGCUCUCUCUGCUCCCCCAAAGCCACAGAGCCCAGCUCAGAAUACCGGCCCACCCCCAGAUACUUCUCAGGAUAAGCUGGCAGAACAGAUUGCACUGGAAAACCAGAUUCAUCAGCGAAUUGCAGACUUAAGGAAAGAAGGCUUGUGGUCACUCCGGCGGCUGCCAAAGCUACAGGAGGCCCCCCGCCCCAAGUCACACUGGGAUUACCUGCUGGAGGAGAUGCAGUGGAUGGCUGCAGACUUCGCCCAGGAGCGCCGGUGGAAGAUGGCCGCGGCCAAGAAGCUGGUCAGAACUGUUGCCCGUCAUCAUGAGGAAAAGAAGCUUCGUGAAGAGAGAGGGAAGAAAGAGGAGCAGAACCGUUUAAGACGCAUUGCAGCCUCCACCGCUAGAGAAAUAGAAUAUUUCUGGUCAAAUAUUGAGCAGGUUGUGGAAAUAAAACUACAAGUGGAAUUAGAAGAAAAACGGAAGAAAGCCUUAAAUCUGCAGAAAGGCUGCAGGAGAGGGAAAGACUUGAGACCAAAGGGACUUGAGGCAUUGCCGGAGAAUUUUCUGGGUUCAGGGCCGUCGGUGAGGAAAAGGAAGGCCAGCGCUUCCUUAACUGAUGAUGAAGUGGAAGAUGAGGAGGAGACCAUCGAAGAGCAAGAGGCCAACGAGGGGGCUGUGGACCACCAGUCUGAGCUGUCCAACUUAGCCACAGAAGCGGAGCUGCCGUUGGUGGAUCUGGUGAAGCUGUAUGAAGGCGCCUUCCUGCCUACCUUCCAGUGGCCCCAGCCUGCUCCCGACAGUGAGGACUCGAGCGAGGAGGAAGAUGUGGAAGACUACCCUGGGGACCGGGAGGGCCGCAAGGACGUGGUCCUCAUUGACUCGCUGUUCAUCAUGGACCAGUUUAAAGCCGCAGAGAGAAUGCACAUCGGGAAACCACACACGAAGGACAUUGCUGAAGUGACGGCUGUGGCAGAAGCCAUCCUGCCCAAAGGCAGUGCUCGCAUCAGCAGCUCGGUGAAGGUUAGUGUCCCAUCUCUGCUUUAUGGCGUGCUCCGAGAGUACCAGAAGAUCGGCCUCGACUGGCUGGCCAAGCUCUAUCGGAAGAACCUCAAUGGCAUCCUGGCAGAUGAAGCUGGACUUGGUAAAACAGUGCAGAUCAUCGCCUUCUUUGCCCACCUGGCUUGCAAUGAAGGCAAUUGGGGCCCUCACCUUGUGGUGGUGAGAAGCUGUAACCUGCUCAAAUGGGAGCUUGAGCUGAAACGCUGGUGUCCUGGGCUCAAGACUCUCCUCUAUGUUGGCAGCCAGAGAGAACUCAGAGCAAAGAGACAGGACUGGGCCGCGCCCGGCCGUUGCAAUGUCUGCCUCACGUCCUACAAGCAGUUCUUCCGGGGCUACGGUGCCUUCACGCGGGCACGCUGGCGGUGCCUGGUCAUCGAUGAGAUGCAGCGUGUGAAGGGCAUGAGUGAGAGGCACUGGGAGGCUGUGUUCACGCUGCGCAGCCAGCAGCGGCUGCUGCUCAUCGAUGCACCCCUGCACAACACCUUCCUGGAGCUAUGGACCAUGGUCCACUUCCUAAUUCCUGGCAUCUCCAGGCCAUACCCGCACUUCCCUCUGAAGGCCCCCAGUGAGGAGAACCAGGAUUACUACCACAAAGUGGUCAUCCGGCUGCAUAGGGUGACGCAGCCGUUUAUUUUGAGGAGGACGAAGAGAGAUGUGGAGAAGCAGCUAACGAAGAAGUAUGAGCAUGUGCUGAAGUGCCGCCUCUCCAGCCGACAGAAAGCUCUCUAUGAGGAUGUCAUUUUGCAGCCCGGCACCCAGGAGGCUCUGAAGAGCGGGCACUUUGUGGAUGUGCUGAGCAUCCUCCUGAGGCUGCAACGCAUCUGCAACCACCCAGGACUGGUGGAGCCCAGGCUCCCAGAGUCAUCCUACACGGCAGGGCCACUGCAGCUCCGCUCGGCCUCGCUGGUCCUGAAGGCACUGGAUGGAAAUUCCUGGGAGGAGGCUGACCUUUCCAUUUUCGACCUCAUCGGCUUAGAGAAUAAAAUGACCCGCCACGAGGCCGAGUUGUUGUGCAGGAAAAAGGCAACCCGGAAACUCAUUGAGGAGCUCUCCACUACACCGCCCCCCACACCCCGGCUGGCUGCUGUCAGACUGAAGCCCAGCAGGUUGUUUCAGCCUGUACAGUACGGCCAGAAGCCUGAGGGGCGCACAGUGGCUUUCCCUAGCACACACCCACCCCGGACUGCCCCCUCCACCACAGCUCCUGCCGUGCCCCAGGGCCAUGUGCGAGGUCGGCCACCGAUUGCCACGUUCUCUGCGAAUCCAGAUGCAAAGGCGGCAGCCGCCCCGUUUCAGACCUCUCAGGCUUCCACCAGUGCUCCAAGACACCAGCCCGCCUCGACCUUCAGCACAGCACCUAGCCCAGCCCAUCAUGUGAAACUCCGGGCUCAGACCACUGCCCCGGCCUCCAGCCCGGGCCCACCCCAGCCCCAGCCCCAGGUCCCUCACCCAGCCGGGCAGAGCACCCUGCUGCAGGGGCUGGUGCACACCUCGCAGGCCCAGGCGCGCCUGCCGAGUGGCGAGGUCGUCAAGAUAGCCCAGUUAGCUUCCCUCUCGGGCCCACCAAGUCGAGUCGCACAGCCGGAGACCCCUGUGACGCUGCAGUUCCAAGGGAACAAGUUCACUCUGUCCCACAGCCAGCUCCGGCAGCUCACUGCUGGCCAGCCGCUGCAGCUGCAAGGCAGUGUCCUCCAGAUAGUGUCUGCCCCGGGCCAGACCUACUUGCGCCCACCAGGACCUGUGGUGAUGCAGACAGUGUCCCAGGCGGGGGCCCUGAACGCCCUUGGAAGCAAGCCCCCAGCCACCGGCCCUGCACCCUUGAACUCGCAAGUUGGGGUUCCUGGUCGAGCGACAGCUAACCCCCUGGCUGCAGGAGAACCCGGAAUGGCCCCUAAGCCAGCUUCACCCAUCGGAGGGCCCAGCCAGGAGGAGAAGAGCCGGCUUCUCAAAGAGCGCCUGGACCAGAUCUACCUUGUGAAUGAGCGGCGCUGCUCCCGAGCCCCAAUCUACGGCCGGGACGUGCUGGGCCUCUGCUCCCUGGCAGGGCCCACGCGCUCUGCUACUCCCCCUUUGCAGAGCCAGACAGAGUUGAUCCUCACACUGGCCCAGCGGCGAGAGAGUCUCCAGGACAUCAUGGACAGGGUGCUGUGCGUGAUCCCUGCAGUGGUUGCCGCACCCCCGUCCUUAUGGGUGGCAAGGCCGCCCUCCCUCUACAGCCACAGAAUGAGGCUCUUUCAGCACCGCCUGAAGGAGCACACAGCACCCUAUGCCCAGCAGCUGCAGCAGAUCACAGCCCUGCGCUCACUGCAGUUCCCCGAGCUGCGCCUGGUCCAGUUUGACUCAGGAAAGCUGGAGGCGCUGGCCCUUCUGCUGCAGAAGCUGAAGUCAGAAGGGCGCCGGGUGCUGAUCCUGUCUCAGAUGGUCCUCAUGUUGGACAUCUUGGAGACCUUCCUCAACUUCCAUUACCUCACCUAUAUACGAAUUGAUGAGAAUGCCAACAGUGAGCAGCGGCAGGAGCUCAUGAGGAACUUCAACAGAGACCGGCGGAUCUUCUGCGCCAUCCUCUCCACCCACAGCCGUGCCACUGGCGUCAGCCUGGUGGAAGCAGACGCAGUGGUAUUCUAUGACAAUGACCUCAACCCUGUGAUGGACGCCAAGGCCCAGGAGUGGUGUGACCGAAUCGGGAGGCGCAAGGACGUGCACAUCUAUAGGCUGGUGAGUGGCAAUUCCAUUGAAGAAAAACUCUUGAAAAAUGGAACCAAAGAUCUAAUUCGUGAAGUGGCUGCUCAGGGCAACGACUACUCCAUGGCGUUCCUCACACAGCGGACGAUCCAGGAGCUGUUUGAGGUUUAUUCUCCUGUGGAUGACACUGGCUUCCCUGUGAAAGCCGAGGAGUUUGUCGUCCUUUCCCAGGAGCCAUCAGUCACAGAGACCAUCGCACCCAAAAUUGCCAGACCCUUCAUCGAGGCCCUUAAGAGCAUCGAGUACUUGGAAGAAGACACGCAGAGACCCCUGGAGGAGCCAGAGCCCGGGGACCCUGGCAGGUGGAACGAGGAGCCCUCGCAUUGGGGGGAGCUCGCGGACUUCAUGGAGCAGCUUACUCCAAUAGAAAAGUAUGCUUUGAAUUACCUGGAAUUCUUCCACACCUCCAUCGAGGACGAGAAGGAGAGGAGCAGGGAGGAUGCUGUGCUCGCUGCGAUGCAGGAGUGGGAGGCCCGGAAUGCCAGGAGCCUGCAGGAGCAGGAGGCCAGGGCACAGCAGGAGCAGGAACAGGACGAACUGCUCACCUAUACCCGGGAAGACGCCUACAGUGCGGAAUACGUCUGUGAGGGUGCUGAUGGACAGACGGAAGUCAUGCCGCUCUGGACCCCGCCCACGCCACCCCAGGAUGACAAUGACAUCUAUAUUGACUCGGUCAUGUGUCUUAUGUAUGAGACCACACCCAUCCCUGAGUCCAAGCUGCCUCCCGUGUAUGUGAGGAAAGAGCGCAAGCGGCACAAAACGGACCCGUCAGCUGCAGGGAGGAAGAAGAAGCAGCGCCAUGGGGAAGCCGUCGUGCCCCCUCGGUCCCUGUUUGACCGUGCCACACCAGGCAUGUUGAAGAUCCGUCGAGAAGGGAAGGAGCAGAAGAAGAACAUUCUGUUGAAGCAGCAAACACAGUUUGCCAAGCCGUUGCCUACUUUUGCCAAACCUACAGCAGAGUCUGGUGCAGACAACCCUGAGUGGCUCAUCAGCGAGGACUGGGCGCUCCUACAGGCUGUAAAGCAACUUCUUGAGCUGCCACUGAAUCUCACAAUUGUGUCACCGGCUCACACACCCAACUGGGACCUGGUCAGUGAUGUCGUCAACUCCUGUAGCCGCAUCUACCGCUCUUCUAAGCAGUGCCGCAAUCGUUAUGAAAAUGUGCUCAUCCCCAGGGAGGAGGGCAAGAGCAAGAACAAUCGCCCUCUGCGCACGGGCCAGAUGUACGCCCAGGAUGAGAACGCCACACACACCCAGCUCUACACCAGCCACUUCGACCUCAUGAAAAUGACGGCUGGGAAGAGAAGCCCCCCUAUCAAACCUUUGCUUGGCAUGAAUCCCUUUCAGAAGAACCCCAAGCAUGCCUCCGUGCUGGCAGAGAGUGGCAUCAACUAUGAUAAGCCGCUGCCUCCCAUUCAAGUGGCCUCUCUUCGUGCUGAGCGCAUCGCCAAAGAGAAAAAGGCUCUGGCUGAUCAGCAGAAGGCACAGCAGCCCCCUGUGGCACAGCCCCCCCCACCCCCACCACCUCAACCCCAGCCCCCACCCCCCCAGCAGCCUCCCCCACCUCUUCCGCAGCCUCAGACCACAAAUAGCCAGCAGCCCACAGGGCCACCGGCCGGUCAGCAGCAGCAGGCCCAGGCCCAGCCCCCAGGGCCACCCUCACAGCCCCCAGCCAAGGGCCCACCUGCCAUUACCACGGUGGGCAGCGCCGCUGUGCUGCAGGCAGGUGCCUUGAAGACGUCGGUCACAGGGACGAGCAUGCCCACUGGUACCGUGAGUGGGAAUGUGAUCGUAAACACCAUCUCAGGUGUCCCCGCAGCUACCUUCCAAUCCAUCAAUAAGCGGCUUGCCUCACCUGUGGCGCCUGGGGCCCUGACUACCUCUGGAGGCUCUGCACCUGCCCAGGUGGUCCACACCCAGCCACGAGCUGUUGGUUCCUCGGCCACGCCCACACCUGACCUGGUGUCCCUGGCACCGACUCAAGGUGUUCGAGCAGUCACCUCUGUGACGGCCUCAGCUGUGGUCACUACCAGCCUGACUCCCGUGCAGACCCCAACCAGGUCUUUGGUGACUCAGGUGUCCCAAGCCACAGGGGUGCAGCUUCCUGGGAAGACCAUCACCCCCGCACACUUCCAGCUCCUUCGGCAGCAGCAGCAGCAGCAGCAACAACAGCAGCAGCAGCAGCAGCAGCAGCAACAACAGCAGCAGCAGCAGCAAACAUCACAGGUGCAGGUUCCUCAGAUCCAGGGCCAGGCCCAGUCUCCUGCACAGAUCAAAGCUGUCAGCAAGCUGACCCCGGAACAUCUGAUCAAAAUGCAGAAGCAGAAACUGCAACUGCCCCAGCAGGCCCCCCCACCGCAGGCUCCACCAGGGCCCCCACCGCCGACGGCUCAAGUGCAGGUGCAGCCCCCGCAGCCCCCGCAGCAGCAGACCCCCCAGCUGACCGCGGUCACGGCCCCGAGGCCUGGAGCCCUGCUCACAAGCACCGUGGCCAACCUCCAGGUGGCCCGGCUUACCCGGCUUCCCACCUCCCAGCUGCAGGCCCAAGGGCAGAUGCAAGCCCCAGCUCCCCAGCCCGCCCAGGUGGCCUUGGCGAAGCCUCCCGUGGUGUCCGUCCCUGCAGCAGUGGUGUCCUCGCCGGGUGUCACGACCCUUCCCAUGAAUGUUGCUGGGAUCAGCGUGGCCAUCGGGCAGCCACAGAAAGCCACAGGUCAGACUGUCGUGGCCCAGCCUGUGCAUGUCCAGCAGCUACUGAAGCUCAAGCAACAAGCGGUGCAGCAGCAAAAGGCCAUCCAGCCGCAGGCCGCACCUGGCCCCACUACCGUCCAGCAGAAGAUCACAGCACAGCAGAUUGCGGCUCAGGGCCAGCCCCAGAAGGUUACAUAUGCCACCCAGCCUGCUUUGAAAACCCAGUUUCUCACCACACCCAUCUCCCAGGCCCAGAAACUGGCUAGUUCUCCACAGGUGCAAACCCAGAUCCAGGUUGCAAAACUCCCUCAGGUUGUCCAGCAGCCGAGUCCUGUGGCCAGCAUCCAGCAGGUGGCCUCUGCCUCACAGCAGGCUUCCCCGCAGACUGUGACACUCACGCAGGCGACAGCGGCCGGCCAGCAAGUGCAGGUGAUCCCCGCGGUGACGGCCACUGCACAGGUGGUCCAGCAGAAGCUCAUGCAGCAGCAGGUUGUCACAACGGCAGCAGCCCAGCUCCAAAGCCCUGGGGUCCCUGCCCCCACACCGGUGCCAGCCCCCUCCGACAGCCCCAGCCAGCAGCCCAAGUUGCAGAUGAGAGUGCCUGCUGUCAGACUCAAGACCCCCACCAAGCCUCCGUGUCCAUAGGCAGUGCAGCCACCUCUACGUGGGAACAGCUGCCCUGUGCCCCCCACGACCUUUCCAAAGCAGCAGUGUGGUCUUGUGAAAGCCACUUAAGACAGCCUGUGUCACUGCUGCAGACCCUGGAAGGGCCCUGACCCAGACAGUGGGCGCUGGGUGCCUGGCAGCAACUGCUCUGUAGGCCCCUCCUCAUCACUGGGGAGCCCCCUGGCCCAGAGGAAGGACUUCUUCCAGGAAAUUACUCCAGUGGGAAAGCCACCGUGGCUUUACUUGCCUGCCUGCAACGUGAUUUAUCUCAACUCUUAAAUGAAAUCUUUAGCAGUGACACCCAAUGAACCUCCUGUUCCAGGCUUAUGUUGAGGGGAAACUGAUUUUUUCAUUCCAAAGAGUAGCCAGGGCCCAGGACACACCUUGGGAGCUCCCAUGCGAGGCCCCAGCAUUGCGUCAUGCACACAUAGCUGCAGCAGCAAGGCACCACAGAACAUUAAGCGCCCCAGGUCCUUGCUAGGUUCCCUGCUGAGGGCUCCUGGCUUGGGCUGGUUUGGGGCCACCUGUGCUUCUGCCCAGUGCACGAUGAGGGCUCAGAGAGCAGUGCUGAGCUGACAUGCUGUUUCCUGUCAGUUGCUGCUUGCCACCCUUGCAGGUAGUACUGGCAGAAACAGGCACAGACCAGUACCAGCACAGCUGUGCAGCUGGCUUCCUGUGACCUUGCAUCAAGCCAAAAAGCAUGUGUGUUUGGGACCGGUCUAGGAAUAAACUUGGGUACCAUCAAGGGAGGAAGCACCAUGUUUGCUUCUGUUGUCCAGAUUGACGUUGUUACAGUGGACUCGCAAGUUAUCCCCUGGUACCUCAGGUCCAUGACCUGGCAGGAAGGAGCACCUCCUCCCCCCCAGUUUGCAGGAGGAAGGCUACCAAAAGGAGUUCACUGCUGUCCAGCUGGUGAGGAAGCUGGAGAAAAGCUAGUAUGAGGGCUUGAAGAUGGAUAAUAGCAUUGCUCGGGCCCGGGGGGGGGGGCGCAUGCAGGGUCAGGAUUCGCACAAGGCCUGUGUCAGGACCCCAGAGCUAUCCCACGGCCCCUCUGAACGUGUCUUUCAGAACACCUUAGAGGCGUGCAGGACACGGCCCAUGACCCUGCGGGGCUGGAUGCACUUUAGAAACAUCCCUGGUGCUUCCAGGGAGCAGGACUGGGCUUAGCACACAGCUCCUGUCCACGAAAAAGAACUUUGUCUCAGCCAUGCUGCUUAGUCCCUAUUGAGAACACGGAAGAGGAAGUAUUUCCUGUGUCAUUCCUAGCGACAUGUCCUCAGCAGAGCCCUCUCUAUCCACACCCUCCUCCUGCGAUGUCCAAGAUUGUGGUCACUGCACCUCCUGUGUCGCUCUGGUGGUUUAUCAGGAUCGAAGGCAGGUUGACAACAUAAAGGUGACAGUCUACAGUCUGACAUGGCCUGGCCUCUGAAGUGGACUGCAUGACUGAGACGCAUGUUCUCAAGCGGCCAGGUUGCCACACCUCCUCCCCAAAUUUAGUAUUUUUGUUUCCUGUUGUAAGAAGCUGUUGUGUUUUAAAGUAUAGAGGAACCAGACUAAAUUGUAAAUACUUUGUAAACAAUCAUUCAUUUGUACUUGAAUAGUAAGGUUUUGAAGCGCACUGAUAGCCUACCAGCCAAAAGGUGUAAUAAAACAACCUUUUUGUAGA